UGGUGACACCAGCCGGUGAAGUUUCCUACGUAUAUCCGCUCUCUGCAACACACUCAGCGGCUCUUUUCCCUGAUUCAUCACUCACAAAGCUUCUCCAAACCUCAAACCCUUUAACACCUGAAAAUCGUGCGGGGACUGCGGCCAUGCGGGUGUUGCUGUUGUUCGCGGUGACGCUGCUCUCUCUGAGCCCGGCGGCGGUCAACGGAGCCGAGAAGAAGAAGCUGCAGAUCGGCAUCAAGAAGCGAGUGGACAACUGCCCCAUCAAGUCACGGAAAGGAGACGUGCUGAACAUGCACUACACGGGCAAACUGGAAGACGGCACGGAGUUUGACAGCAGCAUCCCCCGCGACAGGCCCUUCACUUUCACCCUGGGAACCGGCCAGGUGAUCAAAGGCUGGGACCAGGGCCUGCUGGGAAUGUGCGAAGGGGAGAAGAGGAAGCUGGUCAUUCCCUCCGAGCUGGGCUACGGAGACCGGGGAGCUCCGCCUAAGAUCCCCGGAGGAGCCACGCUCAUCUUCGAAGUGGAGCUGCUCAGCAUCGAGAGGAGAUCCGACCUUUGAUGUAGCAGAGAUGGAAACGCCAAAAUCCUCUGGGUCCAGCUGUUCACGUUUUCCAGGAGUCACUGCAGGAAUGAGAUCAUCUGACCUCUGAUGAAGACUACAUGGCAGAUCUGGGAGUAGAGUUGUCACCCCCCCCUCUGGCAGAGCCACUGCCCUCCUUUUACUGGCUUUGCUUAAUAUGCUCUGAUUUAUUGGAUUGAAGUUAUUGAUACAAGAACUGACAAUAUGUCCUUGUUAAACAUUAGUAGAAUUAACAGUCUGCAGCUAAAGCCCAGUAUCUUGUCGAAGGUUUAAGCCCUGCUGUUUCAUCUCAUUUAUGUUUUCAUUUUCUGUGAUUUAUAAGCGGGUACAUUCAUAUCGGUUCUUACAUUUUGCAAAAUAAUUAUGGUUGUUAAUGUUGUCAGCAGUUAAGACAGGUGAUAGAUUAGGAUAAUUUUCUUUUUCACGUCAAAUUUUUUGAAUUGUGAUAAUAAAAUUUAGACCUUACAGGACCA